GAUAUUUUUAUUUAUUUGCAAAUAAAGAGAUAGCUAGUUACAUUUAAGCUUUUGUUGAAUAAAAUAUAGAUAUAUUUUAGUGACAGAGUACAAUAAAUGGAGCAAAAAUAAUAUGUAAUAUAGCAUGAUUAGAGCUAAACUUAAUCAAGGAUGUUUUAGUUCAACAACACUUCUUAAGAAAACGUUUUUUAAAAGAGCGGAAGUAUUGAUGGCUUCGGCACAGAGAAUGAUACUUAAAUGAUGGGCAAUCAUACCCAUUAGGCAACUGAGGGUGCAGAUAAUAAGUAUGGUCAGACACUUUAUAAGAAAGGCUAAACUUUUAAUAUAUCUAAAGAUGAAAACUCAAAUAACUUGUAGAACAAAGGAAAUAUUGUUGAUAUGGAUAUAAAUAGCUAAGUUGAGUUCUUUAAAAAUUAUAAACUUAACAUUAGAGAUUUAUUUACAAUGGAAUAACUAAAUAAUGAUCCUAACUUAAAAAUGAAAAAGUACAAAUAACAAGUAUUCUAUGGAAUUAUUUUAAAUUCUAAAAGACAUGGAAAUGGUGUUAUGGUUUAUUAAAACGGCCGUAUUUAUGAAGGUCAAUGGGAAAACGAUUUAAAGCAUGGAAGAGGAUAUGAAAUAUUUCCAAGUGGUAGCACUUAUGAUGGAUAUUAUAUAAAUGGUAAACCUGAAGGAAGAGGUACAUAUAAAUAUGCUAAUGGAGAAAUAUACGAGGGAGAAUGGAUUAAUGGUAUGAAACAUGGAUCUGGUAUUUGGAGAGGUAACAAAGGAGAUUCUUAUAUAGGCGAAUGGAAAUUUGGUAAAACUGAUGGAUAUGGUGUUCACACUUGGCUAAAUGGUGAUAGAUAUGAAGGCUAGUUUAAGUAAUGCUUGAAACAUGGAGAAGGAACAGAAAAGUUUGCUAAUGGUGAUAGCUACAUAGGUAAUUAUUAGAAUGGAAAACCAGAAGGUUAUGGAGAAUAUUACUGGGUAAAUGGUUCUUUUUUCAAAGGAUACUUUAAAAAUGGUUUAAGACAUGGACAUGGAGUGUGGAAAAGGGGGCCAGGAAAUAGUGACAUGUAUGAGGGAGAAUACUUUAAUGAUAAAAAAUGUGGUUAUGGUGUCUUUACUUGGUCUUCAGGAAAUGUUUACAAAGGAAAUUAUUUCGAUGAUUUAAGGAAUGGGUAUGGAGAAAUGUAUUGGACUGAUGGUUCUUUUUACAAGGGUUAAUGGGAAAGAGGAAUAUAGCAUGGUGAAGGAGAAAUGUGUAUGAGAGGAGAGCCACCUAGAAGAGGUUUGUUUGAAAAUAAUGUUUAUAUUAGACCACUAGAGGAGCAUGAAUAAUUCAAUUAUUAAUCACUUCCUAAUCCUUAAAGCUAAUAAAAUUUAGGUGCUAUUAGAACAAGUACUAACAGUAUAAAAGGAAAUAAAUUAGGUAGAAACUAAGCAAAUAAUUCAUAGCAGUUUGAGUAAUCUUAUACUAUCGUUCCUAAUAGUGGAGUCAAUACUCCUAAAUAUAAACUUCCUUAAAUAAACAACCGCAAUUCUUCUUCGAUGAGAUCUAAUUCAAUAAGAACUCCUUAAGGAAGAACUUUAGGAGUAAGUGCUGACUAUUAUGAUACUACACCUAACAGCAACAGAGCAUCAACCCACAAAAAAAAAAAAAUUAGACCUAGUAGCACGAUAUAAUAAAAAAUUAAUCAAAGAGUGCUGUAGGAAAGAUCAAGUAAUAGUUCUUAAGAGAAAGGAAAUGGAUAGAAUAAUCUUACUAAAUUUAAAUUACCUAAAAGAAUUUAAGGAAAUGGUAGCAAUUCGAGAAGUAAUUCUCCGACAAUUAAAAACGAAGAAAAUAAAAGAGCAAUUAUAUAAAAUUAGAAUGCAUAAAAAAAGAUAUGGAAAUCACCAGGGAUAGCUGGUUUAAGGGGAAGAAUAAGUCCAAUUUGA